CUCCCCCUGCUCCGACAAAGAGGCUGAAUGUCUGCAGGACAUGCUCAACCUUAGUUAGCUAUAUAUGUUCCUCUACUAACCACCAACGGGGUACGCACAUAGACGCCCAGCGACCGUCGUGCAUCUGUUAACUACAGGGGCUCUCUAUGACUGAAAACACUGCUCACUGACAGUCACUGACAUUAAGUCAAGCUGACUCCUAGAGAGCUACAUGCUGAACUGUUUGCGUGUAGACACAUAUUUAGUUUUAGAGAGACUGUUUCUACUUCCAAGUGAUUUCUUUUUUCUAGUUUGACAGUUGAAUUGGUUUCCUCCCACCGUUGGCUCAAUAACAGACAUUAUUGAUCGGGUGAGCAGAUAGCUGAAUCUAAAGGAGGAUAUCCAUCUCUUUUUAGUUGCUCAGUUCUUUUGUAGUUUUAGUUUUGGUCCAGUUUUUUUGUGCUGCCUUUUCAUCCCUCCAUCUCUUUGGGGUAUCAUCUUGACUGUUCGCCACUAUGUGGGAGUUUCGGUCCAUGUCGUUCUGGCGGGCGGUGUUCGCAGAGUUCUAUGGAACCAUGUUCUUUGUGUUCUUUGGCCUGGGUGCGGCCCUGCGCUGGACCACCGGGCCCCUUAACGUUCUCCACGUGGCCUUCUGCUUUGGGCUGGCGGCCGCCACCCUCAUCCAGUCCAUUGGCCACAUCAGUGGUGGACACAUCAACCCGGCGGUGACCUUUGCCUACCUGAUUGGCUCCCAGAUGUCCCUGUUCCGCGCUUUCUUCUACAUUGUGGCCCAGUGUCUGGGGGCGUUGGCUGGGGCUGCUGUACUCUAUGGGGUCACCCCCAAUAACAUGAGGGGCAACCUGGCACUCAAUACGCUGCAGCCUGGCAUCAGCGUGGGCAUGGCCACCACCAUGGAGGUGUUCCUAACGCUGCAGCUCGUCGUCUGCAUCUUUGCUGUGACUGACGAGAGGCGUAACGGCCGCCUGGGCUCGGCCGCCCUCGCCAUCGGCUUCUCCGUACUCAUGGGGCACCUGCUGGGGAUGUACUACACUGGAGCUGGGAUGAACCCUGCCAGGUCCUUCGCUCCUGCUGUGCUUGUCAGAAACUUUGUCAACCACUGGGUGUACUGGGUUGGUCCCAUGAUUGGCGGCGCCUUGGGCGCUCUGCUGUAUGAUUUCAUGCUGUUCCCCCGCGUGCGUGGCCUCUCCGAGAGGCUGGCCACACUGAAGGGCAACAGGCCCCCAGAGGCCGAGAGCCAGCAGGACACCCGAGGGGAGCCCAUCGAGCUCAAGACUCAGGCCCUAUAAGCUUGGGGAAGAAGAACAGGACAUGCUGAAUCCUAAAUGGGCAGUCAAAGGCCAAUCCAUCUUCAACCCCCCUACUUUUCCCCACCAACCUUCUCCCCCUGCACCUCCCCCCACCCCCGCCCACCUUCCCCCCUUGGACUGCAGGACACAAACAGAGAGCUAGAAGAGGACUUGCCACCGAAGACAAAGCACCGUGUGCCCUGUGAUAUAGGGAGUGGGUCACUCCUGGCUGACCAGGUGGCUGUAAAUGCUCAGGACAGGGGCAUCUCUCUCUUUAUCUCUAUCUAUCUAUCUCUCUAUCUAUUUUGUAGUCUGCUAGGAGUGAAGCUACAGUAGAGCAGUGGACUUCUGCAUGCUUUUUUCCAUUUUCAUCCAGUGUGACAUCUCCCUUUUGUUUUUGUUUUGUUUCACAAACUUCGGGUACCUGACAUGUCUGUAAUAUACCUUUAGAAUUUUCCAGAUUUAUUCGAACUUCAAUUCCUUUUUUCAGUCACUCGUGUGUUGUGUGUGCGUGUGUGCCUGUUUUUACCGACCAAUUUUAUUUUGGGCUUUUUCAUCGCCACAAUCCUGUGUUCGUAUCAUGCUUUGUUAUUUUUAUUUACCAUGCAACCAAUCAAAGUAUUUUAAGAGGAACAAAAACAUGUCCUCUUCCCUCAUUGGUUUUGCUACGGUUGAGAUUUUGUUUCACAAGACUUUAGAGUGCUCCCCUUUCCCAUCAGCCCUUAGAGUUUUGCCUUGAAGAUUAAGUCUUUUUACAACUUGUUAUGUUUUUAUUUCCGAGUCUGUGUCUCUUUUAGGGGAGCACGCACACAGUUACAUUUAUACAGUCUGAAAAUAAACACACAACACACAAAACCAUCUGGUCUUUUCUUACCAUUUCAACAUAUAUACUUGAAAUUGUACAAUUUACAACUAAAUUCACUUAAUUAGAUAUUUAUCUGUUAAAUGCCUCAGAAGAAAGUGGUUCCUAUGCAGUAUUUGUGGACAGGAUGCGCUUACUGUCAUUAAAGCUUUACUCUUUCAGCAACAGUAAUGCUAGGUUUAAUGUACAGAUGUGUGAUAGCAGAAUUGGUUUUUAUUUUUGAUAGUUCCGUGAUAACGAGAGAACAACUGCAGCUGACUUAUGUGGAAUGGGUUGUUUUGUAAUUGACUGUGUUCUAUAUAUAACUUGACAAAUGUUGGUUGACAAACCACAAAGUGAGUGCAUGAUGAUGAAGUGGCUUCUUGCUGGUGUUGGCAAACACCUGGUGCUUUGUCUACAGGGGCGAGUACUCGAUUUCAGAUUUCCAGUGUACACGGCCCAUCUCUGACUUUAGAGAAAAGACUACAUUGAGGCAACUCGUUUUGAGUUUAUUUUUGUACAGGGCAGUAAAUGUGCACCUGUAAAUUCAUAGUAUCUGCUGACGAGGGAAGGACACUCAAAGGUGAGGUUUCCAAAGUUGGCUGAUGGCUUCCUCCUCUACCACCCGCCCCCCAUCUCUCCUGCGUUCACCUUUACCUCCUUUUGUUUCCAAGGCAGCCAUUUUGUCCUGCUCUGCAGAGAGAACAGCCGAGGCUGCAGGCUACAGGUGAGUGAUGGAGGGGAGGGGGAAGGACUACAGAACUCCAGCAACUGAAGCAUUUUAUCUUGUUCAGUUGGUAGAGCAUAUACUGAACCGGAUAUAUAUAUAUGAUUCUCUUUUAAUAUUAAAUUCAUCUGAUUUCACAGUUAGAUCCCUCGGCAGUAGGUGAAUUAGUUUCUUAUUCUCAUUUAAAAAAAAAGCUUUGUGAUGUACAGUGUAAAGUUUUCUUUUUUAAUUUACCAUGACUGUUUAAGACUGAAUGGAUAGACAAUAUAAUAUUCAAGCUUUAAAAUGUCUCCUCUUUGGCCAUUGGAUUACGAAUGAAAAGCAAAACGUGCUAUACCAAUAUGCCUGGGUCCGAUCUAGAACCUUAGACAUACUUUCAUAAUACGAAUAUUGUAGAUUUGUUGUUAUAUGUUGAAAGUUUCCUUAAAUUAUGAUUAAUCUGUC